AUGAUGAUCGUCGACUUGACGGAGACAGCCAAGGCCGAGGCGACCAUCAUGAGCCACUGGCGCUCUCUGCCGGAGUCGAUGCGGGGCCUCGACACGCGCAGGAAGACACGCGAGGCCCCGGACCCGCGCCUGGAGGACGACCAGGAGCACGACGACAACGACGAGGGCAAGCCUUGGGUGGCCAACGGCAACCUGCUGCUGCGCUCCUACCUGGUCGCCCUCGCCGGUCCGGACAAGGCCGACUGGUCGGCCACCGGAGAGCAACACCUGCAGCGCGAGCGGGAGCUGUGGAAGCCGGUCAAGGACCUGCUCUUUCGGUGGCUGUUCCUCUCCGACGGUCCUCACGCGUGCUUGACGUUCCUCGAUGACCAGCCCGGCGGCGUGGUCCCCGGCGAGGGCGGCACGAGAGACGCGCAGCUGCUGCUGCUGUGGGAGAAGGAGGCGCUGUUCAACGGCCUGGGUCCGGCGCUGCUGUGGAGCGAGCCGUUUGUGGAGGAGCGCAACAACCGCGACGAGGAGGACGAGUUCUCCUGGGCCAUCACAACGCACGAAGUGCCAACCGUCUUUGCUCGCGUGUGCACGCGCGUGUUGCAGGCCGCGGACAACGAGCCGGUCGCCACGGCGCUGGUCGAGAGUUUGGGUCACAUCUACCGCGGUACCCCCUCCACCACCAACCCUCCCCCCUAA